UAAAUGGAGCUGUCAGAAGUGCGCUGCUCUGGAGCCGACGCCCCCUCAGCUGCUGGGGAGGCAGGGGGUGUGGCCCGACCCAAGCGGUUGCUAUGGCAGCAUGCCGUUCGUCACAUCACCGAGCAGCGCUUUCUGCAGGAGACCGACUCCGCCCCUACGCACGAGACCACGCCCCCAACAGACCCAGCCCCUCCCUCCCCGUCAGGAGGGCGUGUCUUCCCCCAGCGAAGUGGGAGUGGCCAGAGCGCCUCCGACCUCAACCUCCUGCAGCUAGAGCCUCCGGAGGGGGGGCGGGGCUUCUACCGCGGGUUCCUCCUCCCGUCGCUAGGCCCCGCCUUCCGGUCCCGCCCCCUGGAGCUGCGCUACCAGCGCUACUUCCUGUUCCAGCGGCGGCAGGCUCUGACGGUCCUGAGCGCCCUGGACGCCUUCGCCAAGCUGGGGCUGCUGCUGUUGCCCCUGGCGACCGGGGACCCCCCCGCCCCCCCCCACGCGCUGCUGGGGGGCGGGGCCGCCGCCGAGCUGCUGGUGUGUGCGGUGGUGGCCGUGCACCGAGACCCCGCCUCCUCCUCGCACGGGUCUCACGCGUACCUGCGCUACGGCGCGGCCGUCACCUGGGUGGCCAUGGCGACGCAGGUGCUGGCGUGCAGCCUCGGUUACGGUCUCCUGGGAGACGGCGUCGGUUACGUGCUCUUCACGCUGUUCGCCACCUACAGCAUGCUGCCGCUGCCGCUGCCUUGGGCCAUCGCCACGGGAACGCUGACCACCGCCCUUCACCUCAGCCUGCAGGCCCUCAGUCAACCAGCCGACCAGCUGCUGGCCCAGGCAGCUCUGUGUGUGUGUAUGAGUGUUGCAGGUGUGUUCAUCUCCUUCCUUAAUUCUGCCCAGGCAGCUCUGUGUGUGUGUAUGAGUGUUGCAGGUGUGUUCAUCUCCUUUCUGUCGGAGCGCGCUCAGAGACACGCCUUCCUGGAGACGCGCCGCUGCAUCGAGGCUCGCCUUCGCCUGGAGACUGAGAACCAGAGACAGGAGCGGUUGGUUCUCUCUGUGCUUCCACGCUUCGUGGUCUUGGAGAUGAUUAACGACAUGGCCAGUGUGGAGGACGAGUCGCUGCAGCACCAGUUUCACAGGAUCUACAUCCACCGCUAUGAGAACGUCAGUAUCUUGUUUGCUGAUGUAAAGGGCUUCACCAAUCUCUCCACCACACUGACUGCCCAGGAGCUGGUGCGUAUGCUCAACGAGCUGUUUGCCCGCUUCGACCGCCUCGCUCACGCUGUACCAUGA